AUGUCCUCAGACGCCAUCUACAACAUCGUCACGCUGGUCCCCAAGCCAGGGAAAUACGACCAGGUCGUUGACGCUUUCCGCACCUUCUCGCAGCACAUCGAGGCCCACGAGUCCAAGACUCAGAUCUACUUCGCCGUCCGGCCGGAGGGAACCGACGAGCUGGUCAUCGUGGAGAAGUACACCGAUUUGGCGAAUUUGAAGGAGCAUGCGGCGACGCAGGAGUUCAAGGACUUUUCGCGGCGGAUUGCACCGUGUUUGGCGAAGGCGCCGGUGAUGAAGAAGUCGGGGUUUUUGGCGGGGUUUGAUUGCAGGUCGAAGAUUUAG